UAGCGAUGGCGUACCGACUCAAAACAUUAAUCUGGCAGCGUCGCAUUUAACAUUUCUUUCAUUUCGUGUGCAGCUUCAGCUUGCAAUUCUUUCCAUUUUCCUGGCAAGUUGGUCUACGGAUUACACUAACAUCCUUUCGCCAUGUCGCUGGUACUCCCUGAGAAGUUUCAACACAUUUUGCGUAUUCUCAACACCAAUAUCGAUGGUAAAAUCAAGAUCAUGUUUGCCGUCACCUCAAUUAAAGGUGUUGGUAGACGUUACGCCAAUGUCGUUCUCAAGAAAGCCGACAUCGACUUGACUAAACGUGCCGGUGAACUGUCAGAGGAAGAGGUCGAGAAAUUGAUCACAAUUAUGGCCAACCCUAGACAGUACAAGAUCCCUGAUUGGUUCCUUAACAGGCAAAAGGACAUCAAGGACGGCAAAUUCUCUCAGGUCACUUCCAACAUGCUUGAGAACAAGCUUCGUGAGGACCUUGAAAGAUUGAAGAAGAUUCGCGCUCACCGUGGUCUACGUCAUUACUGGGGCCUCCGAGUUCGUGGUCAACAUACGAAAACUACUGGUCGUCGUGGACGCACAGUUGGUGUCUCGAAAAAGAAGUAAACAAAAUCUGUAUUCGAGUACAUUUCUGUGGAAUGUUGUUAACAGGAAAUACAUUUCAUGGAAUUCAAA